AUGAGGUUUUUAUGUCUAGCAGGCGCUGGCACGAACGCAGAGACCUUUCGAGUGCAGAUCUUGCCAAUCGUCCAAGACCUUGAGCAGGACGGCACCGCGUCUUUCCACUUCAUUCAUGGCGACAUCGAAUCACCUCCUCCCAACGAAUUCAAGGAGUUUUACGGCUCACCUCCUCACCGUCGCUUCCUCAAACAAUACUGUAGCGGUAGAGCAGAUUAUGAGUUUUUUAAUGCACUCUGGAGUGCGCCGCAUCGGUUGACGCCAGAGCAAAAGUACCGUGAAAUGGUGCAGUCUCUACGUCCCGAGAGUACCAACGACGUUCAAACGAUCCUCGACCGCCUCUAUCGCGUUCUCGACCACGACGGGCCUUUCGACGGAAUCAUCGGAAAUUCGGAAGGCGCAUCCGUGGCUGCUAUGUUCGUUGUCAACUACUUGACAAGGUGUGCACGGAAGGAAAUUCAGAACUCAUUGAAAUGUGCGGUGUUCAUGAGUGGCGGUCCACCCUCUUUCCCGGAUGGCACGGGGGUUUUCCUCGCUGACGAGCACGGUCAAAUCAUUACCAUGCCGACAUGCCAUAUCAUUGCGUACAACGAUUCGUUGAUAGAUAGUGCAGUUGCUCUCUACCAUCUUUGCGAUCAAGCGUCUGCAACUAUUGUAGACCACGGUAAAGGACACUUGGUGCCCCGGGAUCCGAAGUCUUCUAAACUCAUGGUCAAGGGAAUCCGCGACUUGAUCGUACGGGCAACAAGCUCUUCUCCAGGUUGA